AUGCCACUCAGCAAAGCAACCAAAGCUCAAAGGAAGCGGUGCAAAGCUGAAAUUGCUCAGAAAGCAGUAAACUCAUCACUUGUUGACUCAGAAUCAGACUCAGAACCAGUUAUCACUUUCAUCAAGAACCCAACAAAAACUUUUCCAACAAGCCCAGCCAACACUAUCUGGAGUCUACCUGAAGAAUAUCCAGACCGUGAUCCAGCCUUCAAUAUUGAAACAGACAUUGAAAUAGACACGGACAACAAAAACAAUAAUGAUGCAAACAAUCAAAUUGUUCAUACCAUUCAACAAAAUUUUUGUGAUUCUGAUGAUGAAGACAUGUGCAAUCAAGCUGUUGUCAAUGCAAAUCUUUGGCCAGUCUUCCUUCAACGUGAUGAAUUGAAGCCCAGUGUUGGUAGGUGUAUCAACAAAGAUGGUGUUGUGAUGAAGGGCUACAAAACUCCGAUUCAACACACUGACACAAACAACCCAAAGUUAAUCUCAAGACCCAUCGCCAAACAGACCAAGCCAUAUUGCAAGAAGAAGAUGAAGAAAGCUCUUGGAAAUGGUCCCUUGAUUUCUAGCUAUUUCACUCAAUCAACUACAAUCACCCACACCUCAUCAAAUCACAGCUUGUAUGACAAAAAAGAUGAAGAAAGUGAUAGUGGAAAAGAAGAGCAUGUUGACAAUAUUGACAAUAAUGAAGACACUGUGUACAAUGACAUGAUUGAUUCAAGAGUUCAGCAAUACCAAGAAACUCGGAAAAUAGCCCAAGGCCCAGUUGAAAGACUUCAGAACAUCAAUGAUCAGUGGGAGGAGCUCAACUCUGCUUUAUGUCAAGCUACAGUUGAUUAUGAACUUUACUAUCCCAGAAUUCGAGAUUGUUGA